UAUUGUUUCUGUGUGUUUAGCAAAGGUGUAGGUCAAGUCCAUGAUAGGCCCAUGUGUAAAAUAAUUUGCCAAAAAUUGAUGAAUAAGCUAUUUUUGUUAGAUUUUAAUAUCUAUUUUUUUCCUAAAUAUUUUACGGCAACCAAACACCAUAAAAUAAAAAAAUUGUUUUUUGAAAAAUAUUUUUUGUAUACAGAAAAAAAAUAAAAAAAUAUAUUUUAUAUCCAAACAAACGGAGCCUAAAAUCAAUAUGAAUUUAUGUUUGAGUAAUCGACAAUGAAGUUAUUUACUUAAUGGGGAAAAUAUCACUUACCUCCCUUGAGGUUGGGCCUAAUUACAGACACGAUUCCUAACAUUUCAAAAACUAUACCAACCUCCCUCCAAUGUUGCCGACAAUGGAAAUUCAUGUUAAAGAGUAAAAUACCCUCCAUUGUUAUUAUAAUUUUACUGAUUGAUUGAGGAAUUCUCUUGUAGGCACAAAUAAUUCGUUUAUCUAAAAAGCUAAAAGAAUAAUUACAAUUCACUCAAAUAAAUAACAACUAAUAAUAAGAAUAAUUCAGAGAGAAGCUUGUAAUGCUUGGAGGUUUAUGCCUCUUUUUAUAUACAAAAAGAUAGUGGAAUUAUGGUAGGAUUCGCCUUGUUUGUCCCCUAAUUCAUUCCAUAUAUAAUUCUUUAUUUAUGAAGUUCUUUCCUUCUAUAAUUCUAUCCAUACAAGACUUUUCCCAUGCAGAACUUCCUUAUACGAAGAAUCCUUUGAUAAAGAGGACUCGGUUAUGAUGUAAAUGGGCCGGAUGGAUCUUUAGCAGGCUGAGAGGUUAACACUAGCAACCUUGGAUCGAUAUCAACUUUGUUUAGGCUUGAUCGAAAUUGGGUUCUGAUGGGCUGUUAGAGAUCCAAUGAGAUAUACCUCAUUUAAAUGAUGUGGAUGAUUCUUAUUGGAGGGAGAUUUUUCCCUCCACACUUUGCCUCCAAUUCUCUCUUAAAUUGAACUACGGCUCCUAAUUAGAAGGGAAUUAAAGUUGCACGGUUGCCAAUUUUGCAAGAGACUGUUCGAGAAGUGACCAUUGACAUUCUGACCAAAGGACUCCUUGAAAGCUUACUCUUGCCUUCACUGCACCAAUUGCUUUGUCGUGAUAUUAGGUUAGUUCUUCAUUUAUCUUUUUCUGAUUUUGUAUCAUGAGUACUUCAUCUACUCACGGUCACAUAGAAAUUAUGGAUUCUGAAACCACACCGUCGUCAUCUCUUGUUUUUCUUAGAGUUCCUUCUCCUAAGGUUUCCAACCCUCUUGAGUAUACGAACGAUUCUAUUGUGCGAAUAGAUGAUUCUAUGCCUCAAGCAGUGGUAUCCACUUCUGGAUCAGAUGAUAUUUUUACAAAGAGAGAGAGAGAUGAUUUUGUCAGUCCGGUGUAUCAAGUUCACUAUUGAUUUCGUAAUGGAAGAAUUUGAGAUUCUCCAGGGGGGAGAAAUUGCUAAAUACCCUAAUAACGCCGAUUUCAGUUCUGGUGAAGGGGUUGGUGAGAAUGAGUUGCUUCUAUCUGUUAGCCAUCUGAAUGCCCUUCGCUUUCCCCUCCAUCCCUUUUAUCAUUUAAUCUUCAACAAGUUAGGUAUUGCUUCUCUUCAAGUAAACCCUAACUUUCUUCGAAUAGUGUCGGCACUUUUUAUAUGUCAAAGACUGGAGAGUCUUGAUUUGACUGUCGCUAACUUAUUGAUCAUCUACACUAUUUCCAGACAUUAGACCGAGCUUGGCCGUUAUUAUUUUACUUCCUCUCUUCAACCGAGGAUAUGUACCGACCUCCCCACUUCCGAGAAGAGAUGGAAAGAGAUGAUGGUUAUUGUUAAGGGGAACUGGUCUCUAUCUCAAUCAACAACGUUCCCAUCUUCUGUAGCUAGGAAAAGGCUCGUUUUUCUAGAAGAACAAGUUUGGAAUAACCCUCCUUCUGCUGAGGACCUCAUUUCUUCAUCCAAUUUAAAGGAACUUGCUUCUAGUGCUUCAUCUGCUGACCUCAUGGAUUUGUUAUUCCCUUCUUUCGAUAAUUUUCCUUUCACCGACGAGGAAAAGAAGAGGGCUGAAGCUCUCAAGAAGAAAGCAGUAGAGGGAGAGCCCCUUGUAGUUAUACACUCUACUGAGCAAGAAAAGGAAGUUGAAGAACUUCCUCUGAAGAAAAAACUCAAAUUAAACCCUUCUUCAACAACCAAGAACAAGGGCAUUACCUUCUCAAAGAGUAGAGGGAAAAAAACUGAUGAAGCCGAUCCUGAGGAAGAGGUUAGGGCUUUUGUCCUGGCAGAGAAGCAGGAGAACCAUGGAGGCCCACUUUCUCUAGGGCUGACAAGUCAGUUCUUCAUUAUGGGGACUCAAUAGUCACAAAUCCUUCUGCUGCAUUAACAAUUGCCCGAGGGAUAUGGCUACCCAAGGUUGAGGAAAUUAUAGGUAACAUAGGGUUAGAGCAGCUGCUUCCUUCUGCCCCUAUUCGCACCAUGGAGAAUCUGUAUCACACCAUGGCCUUGUGUGCGACUGUAGAAACUUAGUCAAUUUCCAUCCAGAAACUGGAAAAGGAC